GACUUUUGUACAUCCAGAGAAACACAAACUUUUAAUUUAGGGCGGCCGGCACAGAUGAGCAAAAGCAUGAGGUGAUGAAGCCGCCUUGAUCUAGCUGCGAAAUUCUCACGUCACGAAAUUUUAAAAGUCACUUGACUCGUGACUUUUAGAAGAUCCCAUUCGUCGUCGAAACUCCGCAAACCAAUACGGGAAGACGUUACAUUUUUUCCCUCCACUUGGCCGAUUUUCCCUAAAUUUAGGGGGAAAACGGGAAAAUCGGCAUCACUCCCCUUAGGGACUAUCCUAAAAAAUUUCCUGGAGUGUUUAGGUCAGUUCCGCUAAUUAUAAAUUCGCAGAGUGAAAAAAAUUUUAAAAAAGAAACCACUACUUCAAUGUUGCCAUCUCUGCGAUUGCACAGAUGGCAACACUGAAGUAACGUAGUCUCACAUGGUCUCGCGCAUGUACGUUAACUCCCUCGAAGAGAAAGGCGGUCGUUUGCAAACAAUGAAACGUGCGUGAUUUCGCUGGUAUUUAUUUCCUCAUUGUUAAUUUAACGAAAUAGUAAGAAGUAGGUUGAUUAACUGACAUCGUUGAUUGAUUAGAAUGAUUUUAUAUGAAAGUUUUCUAAGCAUUUCGAUUACAGCAUAAAGAAAUCUGAUACAGUACAAUAUUUCUGUGUUCAAAAUGGCUGGAUUCGACUGGGAAAGUGUAAGGAUCAAGCAGGAAAUUAAGGAAGAAGUUGUAAACGAUCCUUUUCAGGAUGGCGUAAAAGACAGUAAAGUGGGAAUCUAUACGGGUUUAGAAUUAACGGAAGAUGUCAAGGAUAUCAAAAUCAAAAAGGAGUUUGAGAUGAAAUACAAAUAUGCCCUAAAGCAGGUUAAAAUUGAGAUUAAAAAAUGUGACGUCAAAGAGGAGCAGAUGGAAAAUGUAGAAUGUAUGGUAAAUUUAAAUAAUGAAGAGAAUGUCAAUGAUUGUGUAGCUGAUAUCUCUAGCCAAAAUGAUGAUGAGAACAAUAUAGAAUAUUCAAAUUGUGAUUAUGAUACACCUUCUACUUCAAUGCAAACUACUAUCAACAAUAUUAAAACUGAAAUUAUUACAGAAAAUAAAAGAAGUGAUUUUCAUAACGAAAAGGAAAAAUCAAACAGAAAAAAUGAUUUCAAAUGUAAUAAUUACAGUAAAAAAUUCUUACAUACAUCAUGUUUGAAAAUAUGUAAAGAUAAGUUUUGUAAAGAAAUGUUAAAAACAAAAUCUUGUACAAAAAUAUAUUUAAUUUAUCCCAAGAAGAAUUUUCAAUGUGAAAUUUGCAACAAAAAGUAUUAUAAUGCCUUUGUAUACAAGACUCAUAUUGCUUCCCAUACUGGGAAAAAUUUGUUUAAUUGUGAUAUUUGUAAAAAGGGUUUUCUAUUGAAAAUAUCGAUGCUUCGGCAUAGAAAAUUGCACAGUGAAGUGAAUGAUUCUAUUGAAAGGACUUAUAAAUGUGAAACAUGUAAUAUGAAAUUUUUAAGUUAUAAAAGAUUAAAAUAUCAUGAACCGGCUCACAUUAAGAGAAAGAUUUACUUUCGAAAAUGUAAGGAAGCUUCAAAAAGCCAGUUGAAAAGUCUUUUGAAACAACCUGCCAACAGAGGGUCAUCAACACAAUAUCGGUUAAGACCUUUAAAACGGUCUGCAGUAAAGUCUGCACUGAAACAAAAUUUAAAUCAUAAAGUUCCUUGCAAAAGCAAUGAUUUCAGAUUUCGUAAAGAAAAUUGUGAACAGAUUUCACAUUCUCGUGAGAAACUAUUUGAUUGUCACGUAUGUAAAAAAACUUUUACAAGGCAAGACAAUUUGAAAACACAUAUUAAACUUCAUUUGAACAUUUGGCCAUUUCAGUGUCAUGUUUGUAAGGAGCGUUUUAAGUUGAAACCGUACUUAUUGAGACACAUUAGAAAAUGUAAAGACAGCCUACAUUCCAUCCAAAAUUGCACAGUAGAAUCACUUUCAGAAAGGAACAAAUUGAUAUUUAAACAAAGAAAUUCCAGUAAUACGUUGAAAGUGCAGAGAAAAGAGAUGAUACAUUCAAGUAAACUAGUGUUUAAAUGCCAUGUAUGUAAGAAAAGCUUUCAGAACGAAUCACAAUUAAAAGCUCACCAAGUAGGGCAUGCGAGAUUAAGACCUUAUAAAUGUAGUAAAUGUAUUAGUACUUUUAAGUGGAGAUACAUGUUACAUCUUCACGAAAAAAAACAUUACCUGACAAAUGAAUUUCGUUGCAAAAUUUGUAACAUCACCUGUAAAAGUGCAUACAAAUUAAGAAGUCAUCUAGUGUCACAUUCCGAUGAGAGACCAUUUAGUUGUAACAUAUGUGGAAGAGGUUUUAAGUGGCAACAUGAUUUAAAAAGGCAUAUGAACCUUCAUUCCAAUAUUUGGCCAUUUCAGUGUCGUGUUUGUAAGAAAGACUUUAAGAUUAAAGCAUAUUUAUUGCGUCACGAAAGAUUGCAUGUUCAAACUAGUCUGUAUCACAUCCAAAGUUGCACAACACAAUUAUUUUCAGCAAAAAGUAACUUUAAAUCUGCACAAAAGAAAUCUUCCUCUCAGGUCUGCGUUACGACGGUAAAGAGUAAAUGGAAACCACCACAAAAAGAAGCGCUUCAUUCAAAGAAAAAGGCUUUUACUUGUAAUGUGUGCAAAAAAUAUUUUGAGAGUGAAUUACAAUUAAGUCGUCAUCAAGUAAUACACAGGGAAGUCAGGCCCUUUAAAUGUAGUAAAUGUAGCAGAGCUUUUAAAUUGCAAUGUGUGUUAAAACAACAUGAAGAGAGAGAUCAUAAGGGAAGUUCUUUUUAUUGCCGGAAAUGUGGAAAACCUUUCACUCUGUUUUUACAUUUGAGAAGGCACGAAAGAAAACAUGAUAAAAAGCCAUUUUUUUGUAAAAUCUGUAAGAAAAAUUUUACGACAAGAAUAACAUUUCAGAUGCACGAAAAGUUGCAUGACAAAAACAGACCUUACAAAUGUAAUGUUUGUAAAAUCGGCUUUCAGAAAAAAUACCAUCUUAUUCGACAUAAAUAUGUGCACUUAAAAGACUGUCAUUUUCAAUGUGAUAUAUGUAACAAAAAAUUUAAAUCCUCUAAUCAUUUGUAUUCCCAUAAAACAGGAGUGCAUUAUCGUCAACAAAUCGGUCCUUUGACAUGCCACAUCUGCAGAAAGACUUUCAAGGCAAAACAGUAUUUAAACGGUCAUAAAAUCCACCAUCUAAACUUUCCUUUUCAUUGUAAGAUUUGUAAAUGCAAUUUUAAAACUGAAUUGGAAUUAAGCUCGCAUAGAAAAACUCAUUUCUCCAAAAAAUUCUUCAGUUGUCAAAUCUGUAAAAGAACCUUUCAAAAGAGUUUCAACUUAAAACGUCACGAACUCACACAUAAGUGAAUCAAUUACGGUAUUAUAUUUUAUAGGAAAAAGUAGAAUAACUUUGCAAUUAUUAAUAAUAGUUAAAAUAGUUGUCAAUAGACUAACAGAGCAGAAAUUACCGUACAUCUGCGCAGAUAAGACGUGUAAAUUUGUGUCACCGUUUUAUAGUUUUAGUAUAUAUGUCCUAUAAAACGACCCCUGAUUUCGGCAGUCUUUUUUUUUUUUUUUAUGAUUCAACUGUCAUCUUAUCUGCGCGUAUAUACGGUAUAUCUUUUAAUGAUUUUCUCCAAAACAAAUAAUGAAACGUCGAUUACUUCAUUAUGAUAAAUUUGUUUUGAUUUCCUAAAAAAUUAAAAGCUGCUUAUGUAGGCAAGGUAUGUUACAAUAAUUGUCAAUUAUGUAAUAUUGCGGAGGAAUUUAUAAGAGUGAAAACAUUUCAGUUACUUUUAUAAUGGAGAAAAUAGUUUUAUUGUAGUAUGAUAGUUGUUAUGAUUUUUAUGAAAUUGUUUUAAAAUGUUUUUUAAAUUGGCAUUUAUAUUUCGGUAAACUAUUACAUAACUUAUAACUAUUAGAAAGUUUUGUGUACACAGAAUGUAUUUUUUAACUGUUAAUAUGCAAAUAUGCAUAGCGUGUAAACAAAGUUCCUACAUUAUACUGUGUUCUUGCCAAGUAAACAAUUAUAUGUAUAUCAUGUUUAAUAUUUAAUGUGUAUUUAUCAAUUUUUUAAAUAUUUUGUUGAAUUUAAUCUUGAUGUUAGAAUGAAAUAGUGUUAUUUCAAUUGAAAAUUUAUGGAAAACUGAUUUUAAGAAGCUUUUUUUUUGUAUUUUGUAAUUUUAUUUGACUCUAAUAGAAUUAAAUUUGAUGAUGUAAAGUCAAAUUUUGUAGAUUAAUUAAUUAACUUUAUUAGUAUUUAUAGCAGUGAGAUUCUUCUUGUUUUGUUCAUACAGGAUGAUUCUAAAUAAAAUGCUUGUAUUUAUAUGGAAGUAUUGUUUCAUGUGGAAACUGAAUGGGUAAUAUACCAUAAAUUCAAUUUUUUGUUAUAAUUUUGAAUCACAAUGUAUUUUAUAUACUUAGUGAGUUCUAUCUGAUUGAAAAUGUAGUUUUACUUUGAAAUUUAUGUAGCAGCUAACAAAGUGAAUGUAAAUAAAGAAUGAAUUUACAUCCAAACUAUAAUUUUGAUGUUAAUUUACUACUGUUUAUUGUCUGUGAUAUUUUACUUGUAUAAACUUUAUAUACAGGGUGUCCCAAAAGUCUCCAUAAAUUGACACAAAUCAAGCCCAGCAAUGGCCAAAUAAAGCAAUUGAACACUGUUAGUUGGUCAUUGGUUUGUGCCUGACCAAUGGGCUGGCCACCAUGCAGUGUUCUAGGAUUUAAGAAUCCAAUUUCCACAUAGGAAGU